GUCACACGGUGCACACAUGUGCAGUCUGUUGUCAUUCAUACUGUCAAGUUAGCGUUAAAAAAAUUACCCUUUCGUUGUUAAUUUGAUUAUUCCAGUAGCUUAAAAUGGACUCCAAUACAAACGGGAAUAAGGACGAAGACUGUUUGUUUCUGGAGCAUGUUUUGGAUCAGCUUUACGACUUUGGAUCAGGACCAAAAAAGAAGUCUCAGAAGAAGAAGAAGAAACGAAAAAGAUGUGAGGAAGAGGAGGAAGAAGAGCUCCCUACAGUGAACGAUAUCUGCAGCGAUACUGGCGACUACAGAGAAGAGCAAGUUGGGACUGAAUACCAGCAAACUAAGCAAACAGGCUCAACCAAGAACCAAGUGGAGGUUGUCACAUUUCAGGACCCCACAAAGAAACUCAAAACUAAGCAGACGCCAGCCCCCAGCAAAGUGCCUGCCCUUCAGAUAACAGAGAAGAAGCAAAGCGACCAACCAGAAGAACUCAAUUUGGAAAAGGCUCGUCUGGAGGUCCAUCGGUUUGGAAUCACAGGCUAUAAGAAGGAGCAGCAGCGAGUUUUUGAGCAGGACAGAGCAGUCAUGCUUGGAGCCAGAGCUCCUAAGAAGGACUAUGUCAACUACAAGGUGCUUCAACAGCAAAUCAAAGACAAGAAGCAGAAAGCAAAGGAAGAGGUUCAGCCGGAACUGAAGAAAAAGAAGAAGUCGAAUAAUCAAAGAGACAAGAAGAAGAAGGUGCCCUCUGGUUCUGGUUCGGCCCUCUCGGGUCAGGUGGGCCGCUUCAAGAACGGCAUGCUGAUCCUCAGCUCCAAGGAGAUCCAGAAAAUCAAAAGCAGCAAGGGAGGAAAAUAGGUGAAUGACUGAAUCCUACAGGAUGGAAAAUAUCAGCAGACCAGAGGAACAGUGUGUGUUCAGUGACUCAGCUUACUGCAGCAUGGUUCACAGCCAAACUCACUAAGGAGAGGAAAUGGACAAAGUACUGAUUUCCUGACGAUAUGUCAGUGGUCCGCAGUGAAGGAUGGGACAGUGUUACUGGUGACUGCUGAGUCAGAAAUCCAAUUUACUGAUCACCCAGAUGGACCCUGAAUGUGAAGGAGGGCCGGUAGUGCACAAAACUGAAGACUCUGUCAGAUCAUGUUCCAUCACAGUUAAUUUAUUUUGUUUUUAUAAAUGACCAAAAAAGGAGACAUUUGCGUUUGUUGUGUUUUACACUCUGAAGUUUUCAAAAUUAUGCAGGUACAAUGCAUUUCUCAUAUACAAACCAUGUAGUCGUACAAAACUUUUACAUUGGCAAGAAGGGACAAGAUCAUAGCAAGACAGAUGGAGGAAUUAGAAAUAAAAAAAGUACACACAACUAAAGUUUUCAUGAAACACACAUAUGAACACUCUGAGUGGACCAUGAGAAAGUAGAAAGCAGAAUGAUCUUCACAUUUUUUUUUUCCCGUAUAAACCCUAAUUUACACAACUUCUCACCGACCUCCUGAAGCUGCAGUCUAGAUGUAAACAUUGUGAAGUCUUCACAGAAAAUAGUUCUUUCCGUUUUCGUUAAAGGGCAAAACAACGAACAUCGACAGAUUUUUGCGAGACAAUGAUGAAAUGAUCUGGCAGUGUGCGGCUGGGUGAGGUCACAAAUUCUCACGCCGUUUUCUCGAAGCAGCUUUUCGUGUUAUUUACAUAUUUCAAAAAAAAGAAGAGCAUGAGGAAAUAUGAAGCUUAUCUGCAGCACAUCGCACAUAUUUCAAGCUGUAAGCACAUCGUUGUAUUUUGAGGUGUUUUUGUAGACGGCAAACCUUUUUUUUUUCUUCUUUUUUUUUUAAACCUGCAACCCAUGACCACAGACUGUAUAUAUUAUCGGUAGCCAUUCAACUUGUAUACUGAACAAAUCGCAGAGGGCGAUAUACAAAAGAAAUAUGUAAUUAAAUAUAUCUACAUAGUUUAUAGAGUAAAUAAAUUCAUUUUUUCCUUUGCUGUUUGUUUUUUUUAAAGUUAAAUAUCGAAUGACAGCAGUGACAUGCUUUUUCCCAGCACCAUAUCUUGAAGUUAAAUUAGUAAAAUAUGUCACAUUCAUGGGUGGGUAAGUGUGGGGUUAAGGGUCAUGCCAUACAAGCACUCUUACAGAACCACAUAUAGACAGGAGUGACUGCAACGUGACUCAUUUUCAAUGUGAUAUUCGCAUCUGUCGCAAAAUAUUAUUUUAAAAUUGUUUUUAGGGGGAAAGAAAAGAUGUAACCCAGUUUUACCUGAUACACUGUCCGACUUCCCAAACCUCUGCAAACACUGUGAAUCUCGGUGUCUUGCUAAAAGCUUUUAUCCCCUCCGGUCACGAUUUCCUCAGUGGCAUUUUGACAUCAACACAGCCCGCAGCCAUGUAACCCCAAAUCAUUCCGACUUUCAGAAGGGAAAAAAAUAUAUAUAUAUAUCGGUUUCCCUGGUUACGUGAUAGAUGUUUGAGUCUGCUCAUUGGCCUGAAAUCUAUUCCUGGUUAUAGCGAAGUGAACCUCGGGGCAGGGUUCUCCUCUGGUUUGGGAGGUGGGAGGACGGUCAGAACAGAGCAGCCAGAAAGCCGCUUUGAUGCAAAUGUAGCCCUUAGGUGGAAGCUGGCACAUCAGGGGCACAUCAGGAAAACAAAUCCCCCUGUUGGCAGAUAGCUAGAUGUUUGGGUCUGGGGAAAGUGGUUCAAAUUCUGACUUUUACAAAAAUGUCGGUGUCAUACAGGAGAGAUGUUAAAUGUAAAUGCUAGUGGAAAGCAUCACUUGAAUCAAGUUUUAGUUGGUAGAUCUUAUAUAGAUUAAUACCAAUUGAAAUGUAAAUAAAAUCAUUUUUAACUUUGA